CGUGCUCAACCACUCGACCUUUCCAUUACCAGAACCUUGGCCCUGUGAGCUUCCUCGCGUCACGACCGCCACCAGCUAUCAACCACGCCACUACUGCGUCGCUGUGCUCGUGUUAUUCCCUUUGAUAUUCUCUUUUCCUGGAUAUCCUCCCGACAUUCUCAUAUUUCCUACCAGUGACAGCACCAACUUCAUCAGCAAAAUGUCUGCUCCCGCCAAGUGGACCGACGCGGCCAUCAAGGACCUCACCUUCGCCAUCCUGAUGUCCACCAACAGUGGUGGCAUCAACGUGAACGCCAAUUGGGACAAGGUGACCGAGACCAUGAAUGCCUGGGGCUACAACUUCACCAAGAGUGCCAUGAGCCAGCACUGGACCAAGCGCGUCUUGAAGGAGUUCCGUGAGCGCCACCCCGACACCGGCAGCGCUCAGAAUACCCCCAAGAAGCCCCCCCGGACGCCUGGCAAACAGCGGCCCCCCAAGACCCCCGGCAGCUCUGCCCGCGGCAAAAAGCGUGCCGCCGAGGACGACAAGGACGACUCCCCGGAGGGAGGCUACAUCAAGGACCCCAUCGCCCGCAACAAGACGCCCCGGUCUUCUGUCAAGAAGGCCAAAUACGCCAACGCCAGCGACGCCGAGGAGGACGAGGAGGAGCAGGCUGAGCUUGAUGACGUGCAGGCCAAGGUCGAGGCCUUGGAUGACGACUUUGGCGUCUAA